GUCGUCCAUUUCUCAAGGUCACCAAUCGGCAAAAAUGGCGCAACGAGUCACGCUCCCCACCCGCACGCCCUACAACACAAAGUCGAACCGUCGUCGCGUCAUCAAGACGCCCGGCGGCAAGCUCAGGUACCACCUCAUUGGCAAGCAGGCCUCGACGCCCAAGUGCGGCGACUGCCACACGUCCCUGCCCGGUGUCCAGGCCCUCCGCCCGCGCCAAUACUCGUCGGUCAGCAAGACCAAGAAGACGGUGCAGCGUGCGUACGGCGGGAACAGGUGUGCCAACUGCGUCAGGACUCGCAUCAUCCGGGCGUUCCUCGUCGAGGAGGCAAAGAUCGUCAAGGCCCUUGUCAACAGCAAGAAGUAGACUGGCUCUUCGACUGAUCCAUUGCACAUUCCACACUCGGCUCCGUCAUACACCCCACACACGCACUCAUCUCUUCAUGCAUCCCACCCCCCCAAAAUCGAGGCGCGCGCGACGAAGCCGUCUGCCUCGUUGUAUGAUCAUAGGCUUCCUGUAGGCCAACCUCACACACACACACACACACACAAUUACGAUUCUUUGAUCG